AUGGAACCACCACCAUCAUCACCAAGUUUCAUACACAUAAAACUAAUUUCCUGCAAAAACAUAACCGCCUUCAACUUCUUCCAAAAACUAACUCUCUACUCACAAGUCUCAAUUUCAACCACAAACCCCAAAACAAAUCUCACCGAAGACCAAAAACAACGACAAAAAACACCAACCGACAGAGACACCGACGAUGACGGAACAAACCCUGAAUGGAACCAACAAACUCGUUUCGAUUUAUCUUUCCUCUCUCAACAUUCAGAUCCAACUGAAUUCUUCUUAUCAUUUGAGUUUCGACACGAUGGUAUAAUCCUCGGUGACAAGAUCCUCGGAGAAUGUCGUGUUCCGUUAACCGAUCUGAUUCGUGAUGUUGACGGCGUCGAGAGAUUCGUUUGUUACGAGAUCCGUUCCGCUGAAGGGAAACCGAAUGGGAUCUUCAAUUUUUCGUAUAGAUUGGAAGGAAUUCGGAAUGGGAAUGGGAAUGGAAUCUAUUCGUCUCAGAUUCUCGAUGGGAGAAUCUCCGGUUACCCUGUUCUUACGCCGGAGGAUUGUGCUCCGGUGAAAUUUCCAAUAUCGGAAAUUGAGAGACCGUGUUGUUAUCCCACGGUUGGUUAUGUUCAUGAGGGAACGUUUGCGAUGGCGUCUCCGCCGUCUAUUUCAUAUCCAUCGACUGGAGAAUAUAAUUGUUGUUAUCCACCGGUUCAGCCGUCGGUGUAUCCGUAUCCUCCGCCACCUCCGCCUCCUGCGGCGGAGCGGAUUUACCCGCCUAUUGGGCCUGAGGCCCAUUAUUGGCAAUCUGGCCCGUAUUUUGAAAACAGGUGGUAA